CGAUCGUCGUCACCAACGCUCUUUUGACCUUCGAUGCAUUCCCACUUUGGUCGUGACCACAAGGCAGACGUUGUCUCUGAUUUCAAUAGAUUUCAACAUUGAAGUCGGCUUCUGAUUUGUCAAAUCAUGCAACAAAGUCGCUAUCGAUCACUUCCACGUUCGCGGUUUGCGCCACAAUUGUCUCACAGUCUAUCGUUGAAUGUUGCCCAUGUCGCGCUCGCGUGCGCCCUCCAUUGAACCCAGCCUCGCCGACACCCAUCGGAGUCGUGCUCUUCCUGGCCCACCCCGACUUCGUCCAGGCAACAAAAGAUUGAUUUUGUGUGAAGAUGGAUCCUGGCAAAACUCGGAAAGUGGCUCGCUCAAGGACUCCAUAGUCAUUCCUAGUAAUGUGACGCGGCUGUCUCGUGCUAUCAAGGCCGUCAGCAGCGAUGGCAUCCCUCAAGUCGUGAAUUACCAUUGGGGCGUAGGUGGUGGCGGAGGACUUGCCGACAAGCUUCUGGGUAUCGGUGGAGGAGGGCUGUCUGAAAUCGUCAGAGAGGGUUACAACUAUUUGGCAACAAAUUGGACGCCAGGCGAUGAGAUCUUUAUCUUUGGAUUCUCACGUGGUGCCUUUACAGCGCGCAGCAUUGCAGGUCUGGUCGGAGAAAUUGGACUUCUUACAUCUACCGGACUGCCAUAUCUAGCCGAGAUCUACAAGGACGUCCAGCAUCAACAUGAUGCAAACUACAAACCUAAAUAUCCAGACCUGCCAUUUCCCGACAAGCCGAGCGUCUCGGAUCCAGCAUACAAAUCCGAAUUGCGGCGCCGUGGCAUGACGGUGCUGAAUAUACCCAUCAAGAUCAUCGGCGUCUUCGAUACAGUGGGCGCGCUGGGCGUGCCCAAAGUUGGCUGGCUCACACGUUUGGGCAUUCAAUCGGAAACCAUGCGAGAGUUACGCUUUUACGAUACAUCUCUAUCAAAUUGUAUAGAAUACGCCUUCCAGGCUCUAGCACUAGACGAGCGGCGAUUUGCGUUUCAACCAACGUUGUGGGAGAAAUUUCCAGACAAUCGAACAGUCUUGCGACAGACAUGGUUUCCGGGAGCUCAUGCCAAUGUCGGCGGCGGGUACGACGAGCAGCAGGUGGCUACGAUCACUCUUGCAUGGAUGAUCGCCCAAUGUGGCGACAUGCUGGACUUUGACCCAGAUUACAUCCACGAUCAAUGGGAUCUGGUCGAGGAGUACUACGAGAGUCGACAGCAAAAGGUUCGGCCGUGGUCUUUUGGCAAGAUCUACGACGGGCUUGAGGGGAUUUUCGCGCUGGGCGGUGCCAAGGUCCGUACGCCGGGGCGGUAUACGGCAGUCGAUCAUCGUACUGGACGACCAACGGAUGAACCUCUUGCAGACACGUGUGAAUAUAUCCAUGCUUCCGCGCGCGCCCGCUUCAAAUUGCAUGGACCCGGCGUUGGCGAUAAAGGCGACUACGAGUGUGCGACCCUGCAGGACUGGAAACUUGUUGUGGAGGCCCCUCCGGAAGGGAUUCGACGACCCGUCAUCUUCUGGAAGUCUCGUGAUCCCCAACCUGGCUUUGCAAAGACUUUGCCCGAAGCGCCGCUAUGGCAAGCGGAGUUAGAAUUGCUGAAAUACGAUGCGGAAACAGAGCAGGACGUACUUCGACCCCCACUCUCACGUCAACGCCGCGUUUCAAAGCCGCUGGAGAGACCAUCUGAAGGUCCGCUUCCUGAACCUACGGAUGACUGGUUCGCAGCCUUUGCAGCACGAUCCUGGAUAUGGAGUGAUGCGAAUGCCGCUUCGAGCUCACGACCACCGCCGGAUGAAGCACAGAAUUUCAUGUACCGCUCGACGAUCUUGCUAUAG